CAAUAAAUACAAACAAAUUGAAUGAAAAGAGAAAACAUUGAAUGAAAGGAUAAUUUGCGAGACAAGUGGUCACCGAAGAGUGGGUCCAAUAGAUCCAUAAGGAGAUCAUGAAUACGCGAAACACGAGGCGAACCACUCCGGAGGAGAGUGUCCGGCGCGGGAAAGCCGUGGCCAACAGCGCGCCGACAGCACCGGUACGGCUGACCCGACAUCAGACACAACGGCAACAGAAUCAGCAAAAAGUGACCGAAAGUGUACCGCAAGAAGACGUGGAGGAAGAGGGAGAGCCACUGGAAACGGUUGAUCCGCAACAGCAUCAGGUGAUGGAAGUGAUCGCCGAAGAGGUGCAUGGGAUGGACGCCCAGGAAGUGCUUGAACUGCAACAACAGACCAACGCACAGAUGACCACAACUAUCAUUCAGAUCAUCGAUGACCACAACUAUGACAAUACGGGUCAAGAGGUGGUGGAGCACGUGAUGGCCGGCGAUGACCAACAGAUGCAAGCGAUGGAUAAGAGUGGCGACGAUUUGGCCAACUAUUGGACACUCGAGAGGAGUCAGACGGUGGGCGACGGACGCCUGGACUUUGUCUGCAAAUGGAUGUUAUGCUCGUUUAGGACGACCUCCGAGUGCUCUAUGCGUAAGCAUGCGGUCAAACACCAGAAGCCAUACAUGUGUUCGUUCGCCGGUUGCGGCGAUCGGUUCACCGAAACCCAGGAGCUGUUGCAGCACUUCUCGGCCACUCAUAUGGACACCAAUGCCUUCAAGUGUACGUUCGCUGACUGUCAGCAACGGUUCAAAGACAUCAAGUCGUUGACAGCGCACAGAGUGUCUCACGUGUCGCACACCACACAACUCAUCAAAGCCAACAAAGACUACAAACCCGGCGCUCAUCGGAACCGCUCCUUCAACGACGACGCGAAUCAACAGAUUUAUGGCCAAAACGACGAGAAUCUGACGGCCACAUAUCAGAUAUCUGGGGAACCGUUGACUCUGUCAGACGGCACCCAAUACUAUGAGGCGACCGCUAAUAUCAAUGCGAGUGACGGACAGCCCCAGCACUACGACCGCUACCGCAACAGCUCUCGCGUGAGUUCAGUGAUCAGGUGUCCCAUCAGUUCCCUGACGGACGACAUCGUCGAAGGGAACGACAAUUACGUGAAGUGUCGCUCAUUUGAGGGCAAGUUUUGGUACAAAUGUUUGUGGGAUUACUGCGACUACGGGAACGUGAAUGAAGGCAUCAUUAGGCGACACGUCCUGAAGCAUGAGUUCCCACACAAGUGUGCGUUCGGCGGCUGCAGUAAGAGCUUCGCCACCAUCACAGAGAUGGCUGAGCACACGACGGUCGCCCACACCGGUCCCAACCCCUUCCGGUGCGAUUGGCCCGACUGUGACGAAGCCUUCGAUGGUUUGCGACCAUUGACUGACCACAAGACCAAACACCUGUCAGAGUCGUCGCCCGUCGCCCACAACGCGGCCAAUAGAGUGAAAAAAGUCAAACCAGCCGUUCCUCCCAAACCAUUUAUGUGUGAUUUUGGGAAAUGCAACAUGCAUUACGCCACUCAAGAAGAGCUAGACCUCCAUAAGCAGAUCCACGCGGGGGACCGACCGUUCAAAUGCCAGUUCCCUGACUGCACUUUCGCCGCCAAAUCUAAAGAUAAGCUCCAAAUCCAUCACUCGAGACACUCGAGUGUCAAACAGUUCCGCUGCUAUUGGCCGACGUGUGACAAGAGCUUCACAAUCAGUGAACAGUUGCGUCGACACCGGAAACUACACACGAAUAGGGAUCAACUGAUUUGCGAGUUCUCCGGCUGUGACCUCGUCUUCCAAACGGCAGACGAGUUGGAGAAACACCUGCGCCGACACCUCGGUUUGGAUGACUCCACGUUCAACGCGUUGAGUCCUUUGGGCUUUAAAUGCAAUUUCGGUCUCUGCAAAAUGCAUUUCCAGACCCGAGAAGAGCUACAAAAGCACAGCCAAUCACAUCGCGGCCAAAGAAUGUUCAAAUGUGGUUACGAGAACUGUUCCUAUUCUGCCAAAACAUUGGACAAACUGACCGCCCAUUUGCGCUACCAUUCCGGCGAACGGCCCUUUAAAUGCGAUUUCAUUGGCUGCCACCAGGACUUCAUCCAAAGUCAUCACUUGGCCAGACAUCGGAAGUCACACUUUGGCGCCGGACAGACACCACUGAAAAGUGAAUCACCGAUUGAUGAGAAGCUCAUGGACUGCGACUUCUGUGGCCAAGAGUUCGCUGACGAAGCAAUGGCUGAAUCACACGACUGUCCCGAGAAGUCAUUGCAAUCAAAGUCUAAAACAAAUAGUAAAUCAAAAGCCAUUAAUAAUAAGAGAAAACGUGAGACAAAUGAUGCCGAAGAGGAAAGUGAGCCCCAAAUGAGUGACAAUGAAGUGAACACAACGCUAAAUACGCCAAAAGUGCCGGAGAAAGGGAUCGCCUGUUCUUACGGGAAGUGUCACUUCAAGUGCGCCACCGAUGAGCAGUUGAAUCAACACACAGACAAAGUUCAUUCAGGCGACCGGCCCUUCGCCUGCGACUUCGAGGACUGCACCUUCAAAACCGGUCGUAAGGAUAAGCUUAAGAUACAUACCAGACGUCACACCGGUGACCGGCCCUACAGAUGCGAGUGGACUGAAUGCAACCGUACUUUCAUAUCGAAAGACAAUUUAAAUCGACAUAAUUUGACUCAUUUCCGGUCGAAAGCCUCCAAACCGGAUACAGUGGACACAGACUUUGAUAGAACUCUCAAAGAAUUGGAUGAUUUACUCCAUGAGACCGAUGAGACUGUUGUGGCCGCGCCUCCCGAAGAGGGCAUAAAUGACUGAUUCAUUUCGCAACCAUUGCAUAAUAGUUUCAAUGAAUAGUGUAAUUCUUUUGAAUAUUUCAUUGAUUCGAGCACUCAAUACAGACACCCCUUUGCCCUCCCGUCCCCUCUCGACCACUCACUCCAAAGGGUGUGUUUUGUUUGACAAAAUCCAAAUCAAUUGAAAUACUGUACUAAUGGACAAAAACAAUGUUUUUGCUUUUAUUUUAUUC